AUGAGGGUUAGGAACCGCGCGUUCUUUGGUAAUCUGUUUAGAAGCGCUCGUCUGUUUAGUGAAGCCUGGCGAUGCGCACCAACCGUUGUCUUCUCUCCACGGUUGGAUUACACGCUCGUCAGGUACGCAUGUUUAGCUUCACAGCCACUUUCGUUGCAAUUAACUGACGGUUGGAUUACACGCUCGUCAGUCUCUUAUUCAUGCACUAUCGGGGAAUACAUUUUAAGUUUUAAGUCAUAAAUUCCAGCUAGUCUUGUUCAAAGACAGAAUCUAACAAACGCUAGAUCCGCUGGACCACCAUAGCAUGUGUCAUAUAUCAUACACCAAUAUUGUAUACGGGCCAUUAUCUCGCUGGGAUUAAGACUGAUGCCCCCAUUUCUCACGCCGUACAUCAGUUUUCCCUCCUCUUCCUCAGCACCCGGCUCCUGAGGGUAAAUGGGGCAAGUUUGCCAUCAUCGCCUCCACCAGUGAGGUAUGCUACUCCAUAUUAUUUUGGAAUGUCCACCACUUUCGCUUUCGGCCGCCCAUAUUCGCCUAG